AAUGGCUUGAUACCAUAUAACUGGGGGAAGGGAGUGUUUCUAAUCAUAAAGCAGUAUCGGUCAAAGCCGUAAAUUGCCCGUAAUCAUUUCAAGUUUAGUUAGGUUUGAGAAUGUUGAUAACAAAAUAAACAAAAUGAAAUUUUUGUGUUGUUGGCUUGAUGUUACCUGUAUUAUUGGCAGCCUGCGGUUCGCAUCCUGACAUUUUUGCUGAUCCUGCUUCCCAAUGUGAUCCUGAUUGUAUUCCAGGUGUGCCAACAACGGUCCAAAUUUGGAAAGAUGCGCCGCUUACAGAAAGUUAACAGGGCAGCAUCCGGGACCACUUCGGACAACAAAUCGCAGCACGCAGUCAACAUCAUCCUGCUGAGCAGUGCCCUAUUGUAUCUUAUCACGCACACCUCUGCGACGAGUUUUAACAGCGCGAAUUAUUAUUAUUAUUCUCGUCACUGCAUCGCUAGCAUGCUAUGCGUUCGAUGUCGUAGAGCCCUACGGCAUGUCCACGUACAUGGACCAUAGUGAUGGUAUGCCAUUGUUCAAACCUCCAGAAUGGUUUAUACCAUGGAGCAAUGUGCACAAACAGACAAUAGUCAACCGAAUUACAGAUGUCCGUUGACGGCGGAUUAAUCGCUGAUCUGCUUGGGUUAGUCUUAGUAAUAAUCGCUGAUUUCCACAAAGAAGCGGUGUGGUUCCCUGAGGUAAGUGAAAAAAAGUGCAACUGGCGGCAGCGGUUAUCUGUGUUUCGGGCGCGAUUCCGCAUCAAGAAAACAUUGAGGAAGUGUUUUAAUUGUAAUUUAGUGUUUUUACCGCUAGUUUGAGUGAACUUACUUACCAUUAGUUUCACCUCACCACCACAUGACGUACCGAAACGGUUUUUUUUGAAGUACGUAAGAACGUACUUUCUUCGGUUGCCUGCACUAUAAACAGACGGCGCUGUACGCGUGACCAUUGUUUAAUGGCCCGCUGUAAUAUACUAGUAGUAGUUGAUUGGUGAGAUUGCCCAGAAAGGAAGUAAAUCUUACCGGAGAACUGGGGAUUCUUCGCUUGAACACUCAGACUGGUACACACAUACAGAGGGUAACUGUUAGCUUAAUGAUAAUACUCGUAUAAUAUUACACGCGCGUAUUGCUUUCUCAACAACGGCGGCUGUAUAGAAUUGAGUGUGCUACCGUCACACCGUGCAUGCAGCAUGGUGUAAGAAUUAAAGAUUGGCAAACUAUACCAAAACCAUUACAUGUAAUUUCAAAUACUUUAAUCUGCUAAACUACAUGGUACUAAAGGCCACUAAAGAUUUUACUUAUUAAAGGUUUUCCCAGAAAAACUUUAAAAUUAAGACGGUACUCAUUGCUUUCCCCUUACGUUCUAAUCGAUGCAAAAUAAGGUCAUAAAAAUUUAAAAAUCUUUCGAAAAUUCAGCAACUGGUUUGGAAAACGACGUUCCGGGUGGUUCUGCAUUCGUGAAAACGAUUGCCGCUCUGACCGCUUGGAUUCUGCUGGCUGGCAUUAUUGGGCUAGCCGCGGCUAUGCCGCAGCAUGGAAAGGGGGGGCGACACAAGAUACCUUGUUCACCAAACAAUCACAACACUGGAGGGGUUAUUUCCACCGCUACAUUGUCGUGCUCGCCAUUGCCAUGAUCGCCGGCGUAGGGAAUAUCUGUACGUUCAACGGAGGCAUCGCCUACGAAAACACCGUCAGCCUACAAAGAUAUCCAUACGACUCACUGGCCGCUGUAAUCGCAAUCGGAUGCGGGAUUGUAUUCAUCUUUAUAGAGGGUGGCAUAGUUGUUUUACAUAUCCGUGUGAUCACAAAAAUGCCACGACGGCCUACGGAUCCUGUGUUGUGGCGUCAAGUGGUCAACCACAGCGCGUGUUGGUGGACAUGAAAUUGCCACUUCCAUACCGGCUAAAAGGGUGAUAAGGAUUUCCCGUCCCCACCGCAUUAUCCAUAAGCAACAGGGCCGUCCCGUUUUUCGACUUGUGAGCAACGGAAUGUGCUAGCAACUGUGGCGGAAAAAGAGAGCACGAUUUACCAGCGUUUUAUGCGGAUAUAUAUUCGCCCUAGUAGAAGAUAUUUGUAACAGCCGAAAAGUUCACCUCUCAAUCUUUGAUCUCUUACAGACAUAUUGGUGGUUGUUUGUUUGUAAAGAAGGUUAGACAACCCUCUAUUCCAAAAUCAAUUUAGUUUCGGGUAAAUUUACAACGUUAACCGGCUCUGCCAGAUAUGUACUCGUACAAGUACAACCUGACUCAUAACUAUUACCUUGGAGUCUAGGAGUGAUCCUGUUUUGCAUGCCAUGUCUUUUAAAGCUGUACAUCUUGUAAUAACUGUGUAAAAAAGCAUGUAUUUAUAGACAGCUUCUUUGCACCUUUAAGUACUCGCACAAUCUUGUGCAUCAGACCAAAGAUAUUUCCUUGACAAAUUAUGCGCAAAUAAAUCUAGAUAUUCAAUGCUGAGGUGAGUUAAAACAUUUUAAUGGUCCCUAGAACACGGAUGGACACAGAUGCCUGAAAAACACACUUUUCUUGAAACAGUUGCGUCCCGUGACUCCUGUCCCAAUGACACUCUAAUAAUUUUGGCAGUUAAUUUCCGUUACGCCACCUGCGCACUUGAGAUUUGGCAGGUGGCGGCAGAAUACACACAACCGGUCCACGAUUUCAAUCUUUACUGUAUUCUUAAUCAUUCCGCGUCUGUAAUAAAAUCGAACAACAAUGACUGCCAGCAGCCGUACGAAACAUUAUGUUUUUAUUGCAUAUUACAUUAAAGAGCAACUAAUUAUAUAUAAUGUGUAUAAAACUGAUUAGUCGGUCGCUUACUGAUUACUCACUCGCUUGCUAGCGCAUUUGUAGAAGGUAUGUACUGUACUGACCAUGAGCAAGCAUAAAUAAAAUCAAUGAUCAGCUUAUCGCGAUAAGCUACGUAUUUUAACAGCGCCGUGAGUUGAUGUAUACUGCGUCAAUACAAUUGCACGGUAACACUAUCAAAUCUUGAAUAUGUACUCGUAUGUCACUACAAACUUGACUUCUCAAGUCAGUGCGCUAAGAGCAAACACCAAACCGUAGUGUCUGGACUCUGGAGUCUAGGCUCUUUACCUGUGACUUAAAAAAUCUGUAAAUACCGUGCUCCCUACAGAAAAUGUGGAUGGAUUGUAGCUGUACCUUUUACUUUUAACACCUUCAAUUUACAUAAUAUAAGCAAGCAAUAUUUUUCUGUAUACAGCAGCACAGUAGCAAAACACAAAUCCUUACGUUGUGCGAUAUCCGUGCUUGUACGAGUAAGUAUAGCCCUCUGUCCAGUUACUGCACGGCAUGGCCAGUGGAUGCGUUUGGUUCCCGGUUACGAACGAGCCAACGUACAACCGGCGAUUAGCUGGAUUUAUUGCCCUGUCACAAUUAACUCUGGGACUCGCCAUUCUUGUUGUUAUGGUUGCUACAGCAGGAAUUAACGAAGAUUAUGGAACUCCGGAAGGAGGUGAGAUUGUUGAUGCGUUUGCCGUGCUGACCGUGUGGACGUUGUUGAUGGGAAUUGUCGGAAUCGUUGGCUAUGGCAAAUCGUGCUAUGUACAGAUGGCGCAUAGCCGUUUAGACGCAGGCCAGUCAGAGCGCUGGAAGAAGUACUUUCGCGGCUGGACCUGGCUGCUGAUCAUCACAUUGUUUAUCAGCAUAGGCAGUGUCAUUCAUAGCGGCAUGGCCACGGAAGGCAGCGCACCUGGAUACGGUCCACUCGCUGGUCCAGCGGGCAUGGGCUGCGGAUUGCUGGUGGCGAUUACGGAAGUCGUCGUACUGAUUACAGAACUCGUUGUGGCUGGGGACGGAUCUGCGGCGUUUGCCAACCAGGAGCACGAGGCGCCAGUUCAACCCGGCGUAACACCGGAUGGUUAUAGAGUACCCGCGGCUGCCCCGGAACACGGGACGACCGCUUUCACGCCGAUCAAUCGCUUGCCGCAGUUGACUUAUCCUCCCGCUACUUUGCCGUAUCCACGAGAAGCCGCUUCGUUCACAGCCUGCAUGGUUUAUGAACCGAGAAAUAUGCUAACCACUGUGACUGAAAAAAACAAUUCAGAUUUACCGCCAACUUACGAGGAAGUCAUUAAAAAAUAAUAAUUACUGAUGUUUUUAUGUGUAAGGCUGGAUCUCUUUGUCGAAGUGUGAUUUUUUCCUUUGAAGUUACGUACACGAGAUUUUGCUGGAAAGGCUUCUUUUCGCGCAUGCUUUGGAUAAUAUAUUGGUAGAUAACGAAACCCCAAUU